ACCCACCCACCCGGGUCGGCCUCUCCAAAUCCAAUCCAAUCCAAUCCACUCUUCCCUCCCCAAAUCCGCAGGCACCCAUCCCCUUCGGAUCCCGUUCGGCGAGAUGGGUUCGGCGAGCCGCGCGGUGUCGUGCCUGUGCUGCCCCUGCAAGUGCCUGGCGUGCGGCCUCUUCAGCUGCCUCUGCAGCAUCCUCAUCUCCCUCCUCGUCACCGUCGGCGUCCUCGCCCUCAUCUUCUACCUCAUCUUCCGCCCCCACAUGAUCGCCGCCACCGUCGACUCCGCCUCCCUCGCCCAGUUCUCGCUCGCCCCCAACUCCGCUCUCGCCUACAACCUCACCGUCGCCAUGACCGUCCGCAACCCCAACAAGCGCGUCGGACUCUACUACGACAGCGUCGAGUCCCUCGCGCUCUUCGAGGACCAGCGCUUCGGAUACACGCAGCUCGACUCCUUCUACCAGAGCACCGAGGCGUCCACCAAGCUCACCCCCGAGUUCCACGGCCAGCAGCCGCUCCAGGGCGACGUCACCGCCGCCAACUUCAGGAAAGAGCAGUCCGACGGCAAGUUCAACGUCGAUGUCAACCUCAACGCCAAGCUCAGGGUCAAGGUCUGGGCCUUCAAGGUCCGCGGACCCAAGGCCAAGAUCACCUGCCCGCUUUCCAUCCCGGCGCCAGGCAGCAACACCGGCGCCACAUUCCAGCCCACCGACUGCAAAGUCUGGUUCUGAAUUUCAGAUCUGGCUUAUUGGUGCACCGGGAUCUGCUAUGGAUUCUUUCUUUUGUUUCGAUUUCGAUUUCUUGAUGCUUUAGAUUUCAGAUUUCCGGGGGUAUCUUACUAGCUAGCGGCUAGCGGCAUGCACAUACAUUUCGAUCCUGUUGAGCUUUAGCUGUUCCUGUGACUUUGUGUAUAUGUAUCUAUUCAGAUUCUGUUGAGCUUUCGCAA